CAGAUUUUUCGCAGUGCGCGAUUUUACGAAUCUCCGUAGAAUGUCUCUGACCAAGUUGGAAAAUGGCAAUGUGCCUUUUUCAUCAACAGAAACAUCCGGUUUUGCAUUGAAAGAUCGACGAGAUUAACAGCACAAAUCUUCCUUACCAACAAUGAGUGCAUCACCGCAUCAGUUUGUGCCAUCUACACCCUCUUUAUCCCUCCAUCCAGUAUGGUCAAGUGUCAAUUCUCCUGUGGCAUUGGUUCCGGACAUCAUGGAUAGAUACCAGACUAGCACAAACAAUGCUGAUUUUUCUACUCCAACUGCCAUAGUGCCAUACACCCCACGAUUGCAGCAUUCUCCAACUGCUCGAUUGACACCUGUUAUAAAAGAGAAUUCAGCACUACACAGGGUACGCAGAAAGCUGAAGUGCAAUUCAACCCCUUCCUCACCAAAAGUUGGAGAUGUAGCAGAACAAGUGGUACCUUCCACACCUUACACAAGCCAAGAAAAAACUUCCUUGGGGUUGCAGUGGUUGGAAGGGGAAUGUAAUCUGAAAACCUCUGAAAAUGAUAAGGAAAGGAAAGAGCAAUCCACAUAUAAAAGAGAGUCUCUACUCAAGUGGAGACUUUCUCCUAGGGCCAAACCUCUGUGCGACAGACCCAUCAGCCUGUUCAGUUGUGAUGAUAUCUUCAGCUAGAGGUCAUCUACCUGCCUUGACAUAGUCUACUUGUUUCAUUGUUAACCCAAGUCCUCUUGACAGUUGUAAGGUCUUCGACUUGGGUAAUCAUGUACAAUUGGUACACAACUUGUGUACCUGUCUUUAAUGGGUCAUACUACCAGUGUCACUUCCCUGCUUCUUACUAGCUCAACUUUAACAUGACUUACAAAUGAUAUUUUUAAAGUUGUUUGUCAUUAAUAAAUUCUAAUAAAUGUAUCAGAACACGUGUACUACAUUCAGUAGUAAAAUUUCAUAAUGAAAACCUUUUGAUCCAUGGUCUUCAUUCAGUACCUGAAAUAACUGUUUCUAUUGGAUAAUAAGCAUUUGUUUUCUUUACAAGAAUGUUAAUUUAAAUGAAAAUAAAAUUACAAUAAUUAAGGUCUG